GGUUUCGGUCAAGGUCGGACGACGUAAUUCACAAAUCCAUUAGUGAAGGUAUAUGACGACAACUAUUGAAUUUUCGUUUUCUAGACAACUGCGUACCAUUUAAAUGAAGUCAUGUUUAGUUCUAUGACAAGUUGGCUUGGCGUUGGAGGUGAGGAAAGUCCAACUAAUGAUUCAUCUGCAGAAGAAAACAAGGAAAACGAAAAAUCAGGAGACGAGACCCAAGAGCAAAAUCAACCAUCCGAAACGAAGUCAACAGAGAAAGACAGCCAGGACACUGACACUGAGGAAAAAGACUUAUCAUUUGAUGAAGCUAAGCAAGCUUUGGAAGACGCAUCUUCUAAAGCCAUAAAUACAGCAAAGGAAUGGGGGAGUUUCUUGUACAGUUACGGCAAAGCAGCCUCUAAAACAGUGGCUGACCAUGCUAAACAAAUAACAAAGUCUGUAGAAGAAAAGACAUUCCUUGGAGAUUUCAGUCGUGAACAAGAUAAGUUUGUAACAGAAAAGAAAGAUAAAGUAAAACGCUCUGAGGCUGCUGUUCCACCAUGGAUAGGCUACAAUGAAGAGGAAAGCAUGAAAACACAAAUCCUAGCACUAUCAACAGACAAGAGACACUUCCUACGCAACCCUCCCUCUGGGAUCCAGUUCCAGUUUCACUUUGAAAGCAUGUUUCCUAUUGCAACAGCUACUCUCCAAGAGGAUCCCAACCUACAGAAAAUGAGAUUCGAACUCGUACCUAAACAGAUCAAUGAAGAGACAUUUUGGAGGAAUUAUUUCUACAGAGUUUCCUUGAUCAAACAAUCCACACAACUAACUGUUUUGGCACAAGAAACAGGUAGCACUGGUGAGAAAUCCAGCAAUGGGUCAAGGCGGUCAUCUGUAGGAAGUGUGGACAAAGAACAUCUUCAAAAGGAAGACGAAUUUAUAGCUGGGAGUCCACCUCAGGAUGAAUUUAUCAGCGACAAUUUUCAAGAAAAUGAUGUCAACGACGAUGAUCUCCGAAAGGAAAUGCAACUCCUCGGUGUUGACGAAAUCACAGGAGACAAAAACGAGCAAGAAGAAGUUGAGUUGAGUGAGGAGGAGUUGCUCAGUGACAAGGAACCAAGCAUCUGGAGACUGGCUUACUGACCAUUGUGAUGGCCGCAUCUAUCUCACCUCUGUUACAAGAAGCAGACAUCCCACAGUGGGAGAAGGAGCUACAACAGGAACUACAGGAGUACGAGAUGGUUAAUGAUGGUACGGAGCUUGGCGAGGAUGAUGGGGAUAUAGAGAACGAAAUACUUCAACAGAUCGAACAGGAGAGCAAGGCCAUGUGAUAGUACUGUGAUAGACACAAGGUCGUGACCUUAGAGAAACUGUAUCGUACAUUAUUCUGUGUGUAAUUCUACACCUUACAUUGAAGACGGAAAAGGUGGAUGAUCCCUUAAAUACAUAUUGAAGAACUUAAUAAAGAGAGCCUUUUUAAGUCCUGUUCUGUCCUGUAACUUGUUCUGUAUUUAUAUAACUUAUAUCUGGUAUUAUCUUAAGGACUUCAAUGAUAUAAAUGUCAAAUGUCAAAUGGGGAAGUUUACGAAACAUGACUCUCCGCUAUAAAUAACACCAUUGAAAUAGAGUCACAUGACAUAGGUGAUCUUUGCUGUGACAUCUACAGCCCCAUGUAGUCUACUGUAACAAAGAACCUGUAAUUAAUGGUUACUCAGUUACUCUACAGAUAUAUAAUUUCAACAGUAUAGAAAUACAUAUUUAUAUUUAGUAAUUAUUUUUACCUCGUCACUUGUCACUGAAAUGUUUAUGACUGCAACGGUUAAUGAUAUGUCAUUUGUUUUGUAAACAAAUAUGUCUGUUGAAAUUUGAAUACCUCAAAACAAAAAUAGUCAUAAAAAGAAAAACAAGCAAAAGCUACAGAAACAACCUCUAAACCUUAACAAUGACACAUCAUGAAUGUUUCUCUCCAGAAUUUAUGUACAUUGUAAAUGACGUUAACAGGGGAAAUAACUCUUAGCCAGAAAAAAAAUGUGUUGCUUCAUUAUCUUUGUCAGGGAGAAUAUUUAGUGUGAACAUUUCAAUGAUCACGACUACAAUGGUAUCAGUGACCUGAACAAGUCACUAUCUCCGCUUUGUAUCAUUACUCCUACAUAACGUUAUAUUUUUUUCUUCAAUUACUUUCAAAGGGUUUUCUGCCUGUUCUGUCAGUCAUUUGAACAAUGCUACAAAGAAUAUAUUUUCACCAAAAGAUAUGUAUGGUUGAUACUAUUGACUUUUUUCAAAGUUAGAUGAAAUUAAGGGUAUAUACCUUUUCAAAAAAGAGUACACUUUGACUUUUUUUCAUUAAACAAAAAUUUCAACAGUGUCACUUUUCAUAACAUAAAGCUUCUAAAUUAUUCACAGUAUUGAUUAUUUGAUUGGUUGCUAUAUUUACAUGUACUUAAAACAUUCUGCAUGGCUGUGAUCAUGAAAUAGAAUACAAAUUACAAUAAUCUGUUUCAUUUAAGUAUAUAUUCUCAUGAGCAUUGCAAGACUCAUGAUGACAUUGAUUAUCUGAGAAUCAUUAUCACUAGAAUGUUUGGUAAACAAAGUCAGUGAUCUGAAGGCUAACCACAAAGCAUGUUUUUCUUCCCUAUUGACUAAUGUAUAGCUGGACAUGUAGGUCAAGGUCAAAUGCUUCCUACAAAAACAUAUUCAUACAGAUCAUAUGUUGUUUUUUCCAGGGAAAUUAAUUUCAGCUAGAGUAGAUAUUGACAUUGAUAAGCCUGGUGUUGUUAUACAGCUGUAGGGUAGGGGAAAUCUUCAUAGGCUGUUGUUCACAUACACCAUCGACAAUAUGAUAAUAUGUGUAUGAUUAAUAAUCUGAUACUCAUCAAUAUUUUAUUGGAACUCAAAACUCAAUAUGCAAACAAAUAUCAAGCUGAUAAUAGGUGUUGUAUUAUAUAAUAAAUACAUAAUAUUGUAAUAUAUGUGUACAGAACUGGAAUGGGUCGAUCAUCGCCGACCAGGUAGCUCAAUUGGUAGAGCAUCUGCUAGUGUUUGGAGGUCCCAGCUUCGAACCCCUGUCUGGCCGUGUUUUUUCCUCUCCUAUUACAUAUGGCGCCCAACUAAAUACCCACGGAGGUGGUGUAGGGUACGUCUCUCGUGUGUCUUCAGGGUUGAAGACUUUGUUGAAGGAGGGAGGAAUGUAAGAGAACUGGGCUGGGUCGAUCAUCGGCAACCAGGUAGCUCAAUUGGUAGAGCAUCUGGCUAGUGUUCAGAGGUCCCAGGUUCGAACCCCAGUCUGGCCGUGCAUUUUUCCUCUUAUAUUACAUAUAUUACAUAGAUAUAUUAAGAUAUGAUAUAAUACUAUAUAAUAAAGAAAUCAUACUAUAUGAUAAAAUAUGAUAUAGAAGUGUGUGUAAUUGCUUUUUAGAUUCGUAAUUAUUGUAUAACAAGAUCACUCUCAAAGGUUUUCUCCUCUUGUUUUUCGUUCAAAACAAAUUAAAUUAAAAUAUUCAAGGUAAAUUUUGAACCCCUAAUCCUCAAAAAAGGUAGAUAAACAAUAAAUUUGUAUAAGUAUAAUUUUUUGUUUUUCAAUGUAUAAUAUAGUACAGGGUGAUAUCAUCGUCACUAUGUAUCUGCUUUCUUGGUAUUUUAAGGAUCUCAGCAACUUAAUAUGUGGUAAAUUGUUUGUUGUAGAUAAUAUUUGUCAUCAUAUUCUAGGGUCACGACCUGUGGUUAUAUUUGUAUAAAUAUAUAUACAUGUAUAUAUUAUAAUUUGCAUAUGUAUGAUAAUGAUAUGAUGUGAAUACUAAUGACGUGUACAACAUAGCUAUUUAUGUUUAUAAUGAUGUAAUUGCUAAAUGGGAACAACUACAGACAUGCUCACUCCAUCAAUAGGUGUUGCUAAGGCACAAAGAUCUCCUUUAUUAUUUUGAAGAUGUUUUUUAUUCAAAAUUUGCAAAAAAAAUUUCCACAGCUGCAGUAUUGUUGUUUCUCUACACUAAAGUGAUCAGACUUGUCAGUAAAUUGAAUAACAGAAUAUGUUGUAGGCCAAACAAAAUUUAUGAUUUUUUUUUCAUUGAUAAUUAUUCAAGUUAAUGAUUACACUGUUGAAUUAUUGAAGUAUUUUCAAACAUGUCUUUUUAAUUUGUUUAUUAUGUUAAUUUUAUAAAUUGAUUGUGGGAACAGAAA